AUGACAUCAAGUUUAUUUAUUUCACAAACAUGGUACGAUGAUCGAUUAUCAUGGACAAUAGAUGCUUCAAAUAAUAAUAUUACCGUAGUUAUGCUACCGGUUAAAAGUUUAUGGAUACCAGAUACCAUGAUAUUGAAUUCAGCAGAUGCAAGUGGUUAUCUUACAGUAAGUGAUUAUAGUCUAGCAUCUGUCUACUACACAGGUCAUGUCUAUAUGAUAUUACCAGCAUUAACGAUAAGAACAAGAUGCAGUUUCAGUGUUAAAUAUUUUCCAUUCGAUAAACAAAUAUGCAGCAUAAAUUUAACAUCAUGGAGUCAAGGGUACAAUAGAAUCAUUUAUACAGAAAAUAGCAGUUUAGUAAUUGAUAUUAGUGGAUAUAAUGAACAUCCUUUGUGGAGAUUGAAUAGAACAGACGUAAUUGUAAUUGAUGCAGCAGAUAGGGCACCAUUUGAAGAUACUUACAAUGCUAUAAUAUCAAUACAAUUAUAUCUAGAAAGAAAACCAUUAUUUUUUAUCAUGAAUGGUAUAUUUGCAUGUUUGAUUUUAAAUUUUGUCACGUUGUUAUCAUAUGCAUUAUCCUUUGUACCACAAAUUGCUCUAUGUAUGACAUGUUUUAUGACAUAUUCUGUUUAUUCACUAAAUUUCUCCAACCUAUUUCCACAACAGUCUCAAUACUUAAUGAUGAUUACAUUAUACUUUUUAUUAUCAAUUUUUUGGACAUUAGUAUCAAUGGUAUGGUUUAUCAUGUAUAAUUAUUUUACAACAAAAGUUGAAAUGCCAAAGUCACUUUAUAGUUUUUGUGGACUAUUGCAAAAAGUGUUUUUUUGUUACUUUCCAUCAUCAAAAACAGAUGACAAGACAAAACAGAAGAACGGUGUUAUUGUUGAGAAUGGUGAAGUUAAUAAGUCUGGGAAGGCAGAAAAUGCAAAAGCAUCAAGUACUCAAACAAUAGAAUGUACUUCUUUCCAGGAACUAUCUGGUUUAGGUGUUCAUAGACAUCGUAAAGUUAAAAUCAUUGAAAACAUGCAGCAUAGUUCCGUUGCAAGUACCGAAGCGGUCACAACAAAUCCAAUUGUCGGUGCGCCAAUCGACACAGUAGCAUUUACAAGUGUUAAAGAAACAAGCCAGAGAGCAAAACAAAAAUGCAACUUCUGCAAUAGAUGUGAGUCCUGCCAAACUGAUAUUGACAAAGAUAAAGUGAAAAAUAACAAUAAAAAAGAUAUUGAAGCUAGAUGUAACGCCUUAAAUUAUUUUAUUUGUUUUUGUCAAUUAUUGUUGAUGCUUAUUUCUAAUAUGGCUGUAUGGCUUUCAAUGUCAAAAUAA